AUGCCCAGAGCGUUCCUGCUGCUGUCUGCUGCCCUGCUGCUCCUCGGGCCUGUGCACGGGGCCACCCUGAGAAACAAAGAGACAUGGAAGCCACUCAGCAACCCCCGAAACCGAGACCUGUUUUUCAGAACCCUUCAGGCGUAUUUUCAGGGAAGAGGUCUUGACCUUGAAAGGUUUCCAAAUACUUUCUCCACCAACGAGAACCCCAGUCCCCUCUCUGUGCAGUCGGAGCUCAUGGCCUCUGCCUUUGCCGCGUACGAAGAGCAGAGACACCCCCUUCCCGGCAACCUCGACGGCUGAGGGCUUCUCCCGAGAGCAGGUACCUGGCUAUUUUUAAACUACAGAUGAAGCCGCUCAUCAGAAAAAGUCAAUCAUGGUCAUUGUUAACCACCCCCACCACACACUU